GUGUGUUGCCCAACUAAUGCAAAAUAAGUGCGCAGCUUUGAUGCUCAAGGUAUUUUUUGCGCAUUGCAUUAAGCAGCACAUUGGCAAGAUGGCGGCCACCUUCGGGAGACUUCUCGGGACUUCUGCAGGAAGAGCUGCAGUUAAUGGACUGAAAGCUUUGGUCACUCACAAUGGAGCAGCAGUGAUCAGGGCUCCAAAACCCCUUGCGUGCAUUGCUGCACAAAAAGCUUGCUUCUCAAUCAGCUCUGCUAGAUGGGCCCCGGCGGUCACUCAGCCAGCCCCUCACUUCAAAGGCACUGCUGUUAUCAACGGAGAGUUCAAGGACAUCAGUCUAGAAGAUUUCAAGGGCAAAUACCUGGUCCUUUUCUUUUACCCACUAGAUUUCACAUUCGUUUGCCCUACAGAGAUCAUCGCUUUCAGUGACAAGGCCAAUGAGUUUCGUGAUAUAAACUGUGAUGUAAUUGGUGUGUCUGUGGACUCUCACUUCACCCACCUGGCUUGGACCAACACCCCGAGAAAGACUGGAGGAUUAGGGAAAAUCCACAUUCCCCUGUUGGCUGACCUCACAAAGCAAGUGUCCCGGGACUAUGGGGUCCUGCUGGAGGGUGCUGGAAUUGCUUUAAGGGGUCUUUUCAUUAUUGAUCCUAAUGGAGUGAUCCGACACAUGAGUGUAAAUGACUUGCCGGUUGGACGCUCUGUUGAGGAAACCCUCCGUCUGGUCAAGGCCUUUCAGUUUGUGGAGACCCACGGUGAAGUCUGUCCUGCCAGCUGGACCCCAAAGUCACCCACAAUUAAGCCGACUCCAGGCGGCUCAAAGGAAUACUUUGAGAAGGUGAACUGAAAACUCAAAACUAUUGGUACUGACAGAUGACGCUGAUCUUAGCACUAAAAUGAAGCCCAUAAUCCAUAUCCAAAACAAAUAAUUAUUUAUAGACUUCAUGUAUCAGUAUGUUGGCAUUUAUUAGAGAGCAGAAUCUGUUUUGAUUUAUGUAUUUAUGCUGUCCAAAUAAAAACUGCACUGUCAUGGAA